AUGGCCCCGGCUGCUGACAUGACUUCUUUGCCACUCGGUGUCAAAGUGGAGGACUCCGCCUUCGGCAAGCCGGCGGGGGGAGGCGGGGGCCAGGCCCCCAGCGCCACCGCGGCCACGGCGGCCGCCAUGGGCGCAGACGAGGAGGGGGCCAAGCCCAAAGUGUCCCCUUCACUCCUGCCCUUCAGCGUGGAGGCGCUCAUGGCCGACCACAGGAAGCCCGGGGCCAAGGAGAGCGCCCUGGUGGCCUCCGAGGGCGCACAGGCGGCGGGCGGCUCUGCGCCGCCCCUGGGCGCCCGGCCGGGGUCGCUGGGAGCCCCUGACGCGCCGUCUUCGCCGCGGCCGCUGGGCCAUUUCUCGGUGGGAGGACUUCUCAAGCUGCCAGAAGAUGCGCUGGUCAAAGCCGAGAGCCCCGAGAAGCCCGAGAGGACCCCGUGGAUGCAGAGCCCCCGCUUCUCCCCGCCCCCGGCCAGGCGGCUGAGCCCCCCGGCCUGCACCCUGCGCAAGCACAAGACCAACCGCAAGCCGAGGACGCCCUUCACCACCGCUCAGCUGCUGGCGCUGGAGCGCAAGUUCCGCCAGAAGCAGUACCUGUCCAUCGCCGAGCGCGCCGAGUUCUCCAGCUCGCUCAGCCUCACCGAGACGCAGGUGAAGAUCUGGUUCCAGAACCGCCGCGCCAAGGCCAAGAGACUGCAGGAGGCAGAGCUGGAAAAGCUGAAGAUGGCCGCCAAGCCCAUGCUGCCGCCGGCUGCCUUUGGCCUCUCCUUCCCGCUCGGCGGCCCCGCGGCGGUAGCGGCCGCGGCGGGCGCCUCGCUCUACGGGGCCUCUGGCCCCUUCCAGCGCGCCGCGCUGCCGGUGGCGCCCGUGGGACUCUACACAGCCCAUGUGGGCUACAGCAUGUACCACCUGACAUAGAGGGUCCCAGGGUCGCCUCCCUGUGGUACCAGCGGAUUCCUCCAGCCCCGGUCUCCUGCGAGCGGCAGGUGCCAUCCCCCCCGCAACGAGCUCCCUUGUUCGGCCCCGCCCGGCUCCUUCCCCUUUAACCCCCACGCUGCUCCGGUUGAUCCUCGGCUGCUCCCUGCGUUCGCUCUCCUAUGUCUGAUCCCCUCCCCCAAAAGUGGCUGGAAGGGGCCCUUAACACUCUUCUAGAAUCUAGAUCUACCCUUUGUGUUACAGAUGGAGAAACUUAGAGAGGUGUAGACUUCCCAGCGGUCCCCAGCAGAGUUAGUGGUCGGACCGGCACUAGGCGGCUGCGUCCUGUCCUGACAACCAGGCAGGAGACGCACAGAGAAACUCCCGUGUGAAGAUUUUGGAAAAUAAGAACAGUUGGAGAAAAAGAGAAGAGCAUGCCAGGGGAGAUGGAAACCCCCGUCCUUCCAUCGGAAAACUUCAGAGAACUUCAACUGCACAACGUCUGCUUUCGGUGGGGGGAAGGGGGGUGACACAGAUGCGUUGCCAAGGUAGGUUGAAGGGACCUCUCUCACCAGUACCAGAAAAAACUGUAAAAUAAAAUUUAAAACUCCUGUUUCUAUUUAACAGUACAUUUGUGUGACUCUCAAG